AUGCCAUCGUCCGACGUCGACGCCGCUGGCGACAACGAAGGCGUAGAGGCGACAUUGCCCGACACCGCCGAGGUGGCCACGGAGUCGCGUUCCCAAUGCAUCCAUGAAGAAGGUCCGACACUGACAGAGGUGAACCAUCACACCGACGCCAUCCCGCGUUUGAUCGAGCCUCCAAUUCACUCUGCAGAGCCGCCAAUUCCGACGGCUAGGACACCACAAGAUGGUACGAGCGCCGGGGUUUCGGUGUGCAGUGGCACCUGCCGAUUGACGUGGGAGCCAUCGAGUAUUGCCGGCACCGUAUACGUUCUCUCCAAGCGCGGCAAAGAUGUCGCGACGCUGUGUGCCGCUUGCUAUGCCUCGUCCAAGCUGACGCGCCGUGACGACAUCACCGUCACGACGCGGGUGGCGGCCAGCACACACUCGUCGCUUGGCGAGUCCAGUCGCGACAAGCUCGAAGCGUACGCUGACGUUGUGCACCGGUGGACGACCGAUGGCCCGUGGAUCGCUGGUAUCCUCGCCUUGGCACCUUUGGCCAUUCUGCUACUGGUGUUGGCCGACAAGUGCCAAGUGUCGUCGUCGGCCUUGUCGUGGCCGCUGGCUCGACCUUUGAACAUUUGGCGGACGCUGCGAAAAUGGCCCAUGUUUGUCUUUGGCCUCUACCUCGCGGGCGUCUUUGUGGCGCUGAUUCUUACGAGUCCGUUUGUUGCGCAAGUUUGGUUUUGGGGCAUCACUGAGUUUUACUCGGUGGUGUUUUUUGUCGUGUACCUCGUGGACCCGCCGACAAAACAUAUGGCGCGCUGGCGCGCCUUUCUCAAGCCGCUGAGUGCCAUCUUUGACGUGCAAAGUCGAUUGAACGAUGUCGAUUCGGAUGCGCUCCUCGUGCAGUUUGCGGCCGCCAAAGAUGAGAUUGACGUGACGAGCUUGCAGUUUGUGGCGAUCGACGGCACGCCGAUCCCGUCGUCGCACGUGGCCGCGGCCUUUGUCGCCCCCUCGAUCAAGCGCCAUGUCGCGAGCGGCCUCGCCAUUCCGCGGUACUGCAUUCUGCUUGCUAUCGUCGCCACACUGAGUUACAACGCGCCGUUCUUGCUCGCGUGGCCAUCGGGCGCGACACUGGUGCCAUCGAUGGUGCCCGGUGUCGACGGUCUCGUCAUCUCACCGGCGGACACAAUAUACCGCGUCUCGUGGUCCAUGGGGUAUUGCCAGAAUGUCUCGGAGACGGCGGUUGACGCCGACAUCAACUUUUUCAUUUCGCCGCUGCCCGACAUGGGCCGCCCCGAGCUUUCCUUUGGCUUUACAUUAGAGAGAGAAAUGGACGUUGAGUUUGAGAUCAUCUCGGCGUGGAACCUGCAGCUCCAACGCGAGCAUAGGCGCAAUGCAACACUCGUUCUUGCCAAGGACCAAGGCACACUCAGCUUUCUCGCGCGACUCGCAACCAGUUGCAGCCAGUUGACCAACGCGGGUUUGAGUUGGAACAUUCAGUACGACCAUGUUUCGCUCAAGGGAUUUCUUGGGUACGUCCUCAAGUACUUGGUCGUACCAGGCGUCGUGCAGUCGCUCCUCGCGGCCAAGUACGUAUUCCAAAUUCUAUACAUGACGCUGCUCCUCAUUCGAAGUUCGCUCAAGAUUUGGUCGCUCUGGCUGCACUUUGACUCGAUCACAACCAUUGGCUUUGACUGA